CUCUCUCUCUCUCUCUCACACACACACACAGAACAAACCUGCUAAUUUCCAUUUCCAAGUUACAAUCGGAAGAAUUCUUUCUCUACACUGUAUGUCUUUGAUUGGAUACUAUCAGAUCUGAGCGGUUAGUUAUGGAUACACCGUCGGCAAACUCGGAGCUGGAUCUCCAACUCAACACGAGUCAACUCAACGCCAACGCCGCCGCAUGGCAUGUUCUGGGUCUAUUGCUCAGCCACGGAGGCCCGGCCCGGCCCUCCGAUCUGGCGUCGAGUUUCACGCUUCUUUAUCCUAAUCCGGAGUUCAUACGCUUCCUAUGCUCGAUCCCUAACUCUCCUCUUCGAUUAGCGGAUAAUCAGUUUGUCACGUUCUCGCCAAUCGGACUCGCUGCAAUCGCUCAUUUUUUUGCCAAUUCCGAUGUGAUUACUAGAUGUUUGGAUUUACCAGAUUAUGUGCCGCGAUUGUUGGCAACAAAUGCUAGGUCGAGUAACAUAGUUAGGACUUACUGUAGGAAAAGAAAGAGACUGAUGCCGGAGAUUGAGGAUUUGCCGCAAUUGAAAAAGAAAAGUUAUUUCCAGGUUUCUGAAGGGGAGAUGAAUCUAAAUCAGGCAGUGAUGAAGAUGCCUCCCGGGUUUCAGCGUCUAUCUUCUCAAGGUUCUGGGACACUAUCAAGGUUCUCAAUGCUCUCGGAAUAUGACAGUUGCGUACUAGAGAAAAAUAUGUUCAGGCCUUCCAUGUUAACAAAGUUCAGUUCUGGGCAAUUUGGCUCUGAAAUUGAGAAACAUGAAUAUGAUGACAAGGAAUUUAAAUCAUCAAACUUGGAAGAGUGUGGUUACUAUCUUUCUGGAGGUAGAUUUCCACGCAUACACGUAACAAUGGCAGAAGAAAGAAUGAAUUCUGCCCCUCUUUUAGAGCUCUCACUUCCAAAGCAAACAAUGGGCAAUUCAGAAGGAAGUAAAUUUGGCGACAUUGGUAUUGUAAAUCCUACUAAUUCUAUGAAUAUAUGUACCUCGCCUAAGCUAGAAGUAGAUGAACAGAUGUUAGUUUCACCGGAAGAAAAUGAUGCUGUUACUCAAGGGUGCGAGUCAUUAACUGAAGAUGUGAAUGGAAAAAGAAAGGAGGUUUUAUUACAUGAGUCUGGUAGAUGCAGAGGCCGUAAGGAAAAUCAGCCAAUGGAUUCUACCUAUAAAGAUAGCUCUGAGAAAUCUCGGUGUGAAACCAAUAAAGAGGUGGUGUUUAUGAUCAAACCAAGAAUAGAAGUUCAUCUACAGGGCCAGGGAGACAUGCUGAAUGACCUAACGAAACACUCUUCUCUACGCAAAUCUAAUCAUAAUGACGAAACAAAUAGUAAGAGAAAAUCUAUCAGCCCCACCACAGAGAACUGCAAAUGCCGUCCUGAUAAAGGGCCAGAGCAAUUUAAAAGAGAUAAGAAGCAAACUUCAGAAAAGCAAAAAAUAAAGUGCAAUUGUGACCGGAACAUGAAUACUAAAGAAAAGAAGGAAAUGUCCACGGAGAAUAGGAAAAAGGAUUCCUCCAUAAUUAAUAAUGACGUUGAAAAAAAACCCUUUCCCAACUUCGAGCAGUUUAUUGUAGAAGAAGAGGAGGGUUCAGGAGGUUAUGGUACUGUUUACAGAGCAAGAAGAAAAACUGAUGGGGUCACAUUUGCCAUCAAAAGUCCUCAUGUCAAUGCCAACAGAAAUUAUGUGCACAAUGAGAUGAAAAUGCUGGAGAGAUUGGGGGGCAAAAACUUUGUGAUAAAAUAUGAAGGUUCAUUUACGAGCGAGAGUGGCGAUUGUUUUGUUUUGGAGCAUGUUGAGCAUGAUAGACCUGAGAUUUUGAAGAAAGAAAUAAACAUUAUGGACCUACAGUGGUAUGGUUAUUGUCUGUUCAAAGCCCUUGCUGGUCUACAUAAGCAGGGCAUUGUUCAUAGAGAUAUUAAACCUGGCAACUUCCUUUACUCCCGAAAGGUCAAUAAGGGUUACCUGAUUGAUUUCAAUCUUGCUUUGGAUAUGCGAAAAAAAUUUGGGAUGACCGGUGAGUGUUUGUUCUUGUACAAUAAACUCGUUUUAUCUUGUCAUGCAUUUGUUGUAUUUGCAAUUUUGCUCAAAUACUUUUUAAAGAUCAAGAUUAUUAAUGGAGUCUCCUUAUACCAUCUACAGAUAAUAACAAAUAAUUUGAGAAGUCCCGUUCCUAUUGACGGGGCCAAAUCUGUACUACCUAUGAAAAGUAGUAAGAAGUUAGUGAAUGGAAGAUCUCAAGAAGCAGUGAAUAAGAAUGCAGGGAAAGUGUCGAAAUCUCUUUUACCACCUGGUAACUUGAAAAGGAAGGUUGACAAAGCAAAAGGUUUGACUGAUAAUAAUAGCAAAAGGAAUAUCAUAAGAAGUCAGGGUGGUGAUGGGUCUGGGAUAACUUGUGCAAAGGAUGGAACAAGCAAUAGAACGCCAUCUGCAGAAAGGUUGAGAGAACCGUUACCAAGCCAAGGUAGGAAAGAGUUGCUGAGUUUAGCGCAGGAAGCCAUGCAGGGCGGCGGGUAUCAUAAUGCAUCUCUAAAUUCUCCCACAUCGAAAAGGAAAAGAGUAGCUGCACCUCCUGCAGAUGUAGAUACCAAAUUUUUAUAUCCAACUCCAAUGCCACUGCACGCCAAUGGAAUUGCUAUUCGUGGUGCUGGAUUACCGAAAAGCAAAGGUGAUGGGAAGCACAAGAAAGAAAGUCCCUGCGCGGGAACUAAAGGUUUUAAGGCUCCAGAGGUAUUAUUUAGAUCUAUGUACCAAGGCCCUAAGGCUGACAUCUGGUCUGCUGGAGUAACCUUACUGUACCUGAUUAUAGGACGAUCACCUUUCUCUGGCGACACUGACCAGAACAUAAAAGAGAUAGCUAAGUUGAGGGGCAGUGAAGAUCUAUGGGAAGUGGCCAAGCUACACGACCAUGAAUCAUUAUUCCCAACGGAGCUACUCGAUGUGAAAUACUUGUCACCCGUAAAACUUGGGGAUUGGUGUGCAAGAAAUACACGAAGACCAGAUUUCUUGGAUACGGCACCAAGAUCACUAUUAGAUCUUGUGGAUAAGUGUUUAAUGGUGAAUCCACGACACAGGAUUACCGCAGAGGAAGCUCUUAGGCACGAUUUUUUCAAACCUUGUCACGAGGCUUUCAGAAAGCAUAGGCUCUUACAAUAGCAUGGAGAGAACUCUUUAGUUUCAUAAACAUAUAUGUAUUAUUGUAUUUUGUUGUAAUAAUAUAGAAAUACACACAGUCCAUCAAAUUGUCAUUCUUGAUUUGUUAAAUAGUGUAAAGCAGCUUUGUAGUUUGUGU